GGAGAGGGAGAAGGCGAGGGGGGCAGAUGAGAAGGGAACGAGAAGAGUAUGCGAUGUAGGAGGGAGAACCUUAGUCUCCGAAGCGCGAAAGAGCUCACGGAUUAAGAAUUUGUCGGGCAAUUGGCACCCCGGGACAAGAGCCAAAAAAAUCACCAUCACCCAACUCUGGCGUUUCCUACCAGAAGUUAGAGACUUGAGCAGUACUGCCAUCGGAUGCAAAUGGUAGGCUGGUUGUUGUGGGAUAUACUCCCGAGCUGAAGAAGUGCAAGUGGAUGUGGUGUGUGUUAAAUACCAGAAGAGCCCAUACCCAGUGGGUAAUAGCAGUAGCGAGGAAAUGUGGCGAGAAUGACUAACGACAAAUCUGUGAAUUUGUUCUCGGGAGUUGCUAAUUUGCCAGCCCGCAGCCACACAUUUUACAAGGAGGAAACGUUUUGCUGCUUCUGAAUUCGCCCCAAACUGGUGCUACCAGAUGCAUGGCUUUCUAUGUGUUGGAACAAAUCCUUCUUAACUGCAGCCUACCGGGAAAGGGGAAAGGUUGAGACAACUAACUGACUGUCUCCAAAUAAGAGAUGAGAUGUAAUGCCUCCUCCAGUCCAUGCACACGUCCUCUUGCUACCCCUGCAUCAUCCCUCAGUGGAAACCUUUAAACUCUAAAAUCCAAGGAAAGGCAAGAAAUAUAUUAUCAUGGACCUGAGGGAUUUUUAUCUGUUGGCUGCUCUGAUUGCCUGUUUAAGGCUGGAUUCGGCUAUAGCUCAAGAACUUAUUUACACUAUUAGAGAGGAGUUGCCUGAAAAUGUGCCCAUAGGAAAUAUACCAAAGGACUUGAACAUUUCUCACAUCAAUGCUGCCACAGGGACCAGUGCCAGCCUUGUCUACAGACUGGUUUCUAAAGCUGGGGAUGCCCCUCUGGUGAAAGUAUCCAGCAGCACUGGGGAGAUUUUCACAACCUCCAAUAGAAUAGACAGAGAGAAACUCUGCGCUGGAGCUUCUUAUGCGGAGGAGAAUGAGUGUUUCUUUGAACUUGAGGUGGUGAUCCUCCCCAAUGACUUUUUCAGGCUGAUCAAAAUCAAGAUCAUUGUCAAGGAUACCAAUGAUAAUGCCCCCAUGUUUCCGUCUCCUGUCAUCAAUAUUUCCAUUCCAGAAAACACUUUGAUCAACAGCCGCUUUCCAAUCCCAUCAGCCACAGACCCCGACACAGGCUUCAAUGGGGUGCAGCAUUAUGAAUUGCUAAAUGGGCAGAGUGUUUUUGGCCUGGAUAUCGUGGAAACUCCAGAGGGAGAGAAGUGGCCGCAAUUGAUUGUUCAGCAGAACUUGGACAGAGAACAAAAAGAUACCUAUGUGAUGAAAAUCAAAGUGGAGGAUGGUGGUACUCCACAGAAAUCCAGCACAGCCAUUCUGCAGGUCACUGUAAGUGAUGUGAAUGACAACAGGCCAGUGUUUAAAGAGGGUCAAGUAGAGGUGCAUAUUCCCGAGAACGCUCCUGUGGGGACCUCUGUGAUUCAGCUCCAUGCAACUGAUGCAGAUGUGGGCAGCAAUGCUGAAAUCCGGUACAUUUUUGGUGCCCAGGUCGCCCCUGCAACCAAAAGACUCUUUGCUUUAAAUAACACAACUGGGCUGAUUACAGUUCAGAGGUCUUUAGACAGGGAAGAGACAGCCAUUCACAAAGUGACGGUGUUGGCUAGUGACGGCAGUUCCACUCCUGCCAGAGCCACAGUGACCAUCAAUGUCACCGAUGUAAAUGAUAACCCUCCGAACAUAGACCUCAGGUACAUUAUAAGUCCCAUCAAUGGCACGGUGUAUCUGUCUGAGAAAGACCCAGUCAAUACAAAGAUUGCCCUGAUUACAGUUUCAGACAAGGACACAGACGUGAAUGGCAAAGUGAUCUGUUUCAUUGAAAGAGAGGUCCCGUUUCAUCUGAAGGCAGUGUAUGACAACCAGUAUCUGCUAGAGACUUCUUCUCUGCUGGACUAUGAGGGCACCAAAGAAUUCAGCUUUAAAAUCGUUGCCUCUGAUUCUGGGAAGCCCAGUUUGAAUCAGACUGCCCUGGUAAGGGUUAAGCUGGAGGAUGAAAAUGACAACCCACCGAUUUUCAACCAGCCUGUAAUUGAGCUGUCAGUCUCUGAAAACAACCGACGUGGGUUAUACUUAACAACUAUUAGUGCUACAGACGAAGACAGUGGGAAAAAUGCAGACAUUGUUUAUCAGCUUGGACCGAAUGCCUCCUUCUUUGAUCUGGACAGAAAGACAGGAGUUUUGACAGCCUCCAGAGUAUUUAACAGGGAGGAACAAGAGCGAUUCAUUUUUACAGUCACUGCCAGGGACAAUGGGACCCCUCCCCUGCAAAGCCAAGCAGCAGUGAUAGUUACUGUUCUGGAUGAGAAUGAUAAUAGCCCCAAGUUUACUCAUAAUCAUUUUCAGUUUUUUGUGUCGGAGAAUCUGCCAAAGUAUAGUACUGUGGGAGUAAUCACAGUGACAGAUGAAGACGCCGGAGAGAAUAAAGCUGUGACUCUUUCCAUUCUAAAUGACAAUGAAAAUUUCGUGUUGGAUCCCUAUUCGGGAGUCAUAAAGUCAAAUGUCUCCUUUGACCGAGAGCAGCAGAGUUCCUACACGUUUGAUGUCAAAGCCACUGAUGGAGGACAGCCACCUCGGUCCUCUACAGCGAAAGUAACCAUCAAUGUCAUGGAUGUCAAUGACAACAGUCCAGUUGUCAUUUCUCCACCGUCCAACACCUCAUUUAAGUUGGUGCCCCUCUCAGCCAUUCCUGGUUCCGUGGUGGCCGAAGUUUUUGCCGUGGAUAUUGAUACUGGCAUGAAUGCAGAACUUAAGUACACCAUAGUGAGCGGGAACAAUAAAGGACUGUUUCGGAUUGAUCCAGUAACGGGCAAUAUCACUCUAGAAGAGAAGCCAGCGCCUACUGAUGUGGGCCUGCACCGCCUGGUGGUCAACAUAAGUGACCUGGGGUACCCUAAGGCUUUGCACACUCUCGUGCUCGUAUUUCUUUAUGUAAACGAUACUGCUGGAAAUGCCUCGUACAUCUACGACUUGAUCCGCAGGACUAUGGAGACCCCACUGGACAGGAACAUCGGAGAUAGUAGCCAACCCUACCAAAACGAGGACUAUCUCACCAUCAUGAUUGCCAUCGUCGCAGGGGCCAUGGUGGUCAUCGUUGUCAUCUUUGUCACUGUUCUGGUGCGCUGUCGCCAUGCGUCGAGGUUCAAAGCAGCUCAGAGGAGCAAGCAAGGUGCUGAGUGGAUGUCCCCAAACCAAGAGAAUAAGCAAAACAAGAAAAAGAAACGCAAGAAAAGAAAGUCCCCCAAGAGUUCUCUUUUGAACUUUGUUACUAUCGAAGAGUCCAAACCCGAUGAUGCAGUUCAUGAACCUAUCAAUGGGACCAUCAGCCUGCCUGCUGAGCUGGAGGAACAAAGUAUAGGAAGAUUUGACUGGGGCCCCGCACCUCCGACCACCUUCAAGCCUAACAGUCCUGACCUGGCCAAGCACUACAAAUCUGCCUCCCCACAGCCUGCUUUUCAUCUCAAACCAGACACUCCAGUAUCUGUGAAAAAGCACCAUGUCAUUCAGGAGCUCCCUUUGGACAACACCUUUGUUGGGGGCUGUGACACCCUUUCCAAACGCUCCUCCACUAGUUCAGAUCACUUCAGUGCCUCAGAGUGCAGCUCCCAAGGAGGCUUCAAGACAAAGGGCCCCUUACACACCAGACAGUCUCAGCGCCGUGUUACCUUUCACCUCCCGGAUGGCUCCCAGGAAAGCUGCAGUGACAGUGGUCUGGGAGACCACGAGCCGGUGGGUAGUGGAACCCUGAUCUCACACCCUCUUCCUCUGGUUCAGCCACAGGACGAAUUCUACGACCAAGCCUCUCCGGACAAGAGGACCGAAGCAGAUGGCAACUCGGACCCCAACUCUGAUGGACCUCUGGGUCCCCGAGGAUUAGCUGAAGCUACGGAGAUGUGCACUCAAGAGUGUCUGGUUUUGGGUCACUCUGAUAAUUGCUGGAUGCCUCCUGGCUUGGGUCCAUAUCAACACCCGAAAUCUCCUCUGUCGACCUUUGCACCCCAGAAAGAAUGGGUCAAGAAAGACAAGCUUGUGAAUGGGCACACCCUGACCAGAGCGUGGAAAGAAGACACCAACAGGAACCAGUUCAAUGACCGUAAGCAGUAUGGCUCCAAUGAAGGCCAUUUCAACAAUGGCAGCCACAUGGCAGACAUUCCUCUGGCAAAUCUGAAGUCCUAUAAGCAAGCAGGUGGCACAAUUGAGAGUCCUAAGGAGCACCAACUUUAAGCUGAAGUUGUAUGGGACCUAGUACCUUUAAUCUAAAUAGACAUGCUAAUACUGUGUGUUGGAGCUUUAUGUAUUCAAUAGAUCUCUACAACUAUGCCCCUUAUAGUAGGGAACUCAUAACUUUGUGUUAGCACCAUGGAGGAUACAAUGCUUUGCAACAUAGGAGAGAAAAUAGUUCUAGUAGCCAUGUGAUGAUGUUCUUUACUAGAAUUGAUUAAACUCUCCAGAGCUCUCUCCAUUGUGCAAUUUAUUUUUAUUAUUGCAUUUUAUUUGACCCUGGACUGCUGCUAUGAACAAUAGAAUAUGCAUUUGGAGAGUAAGAUGGUUCCAUGGAUUGGAGUGACUGACAAAACAUAUCCAGUUAGAAAUUUGUGCUCUUUUUUUUUUGCCAUUGAUUUAUGCUGGGACCUCUAUACUUGACAUUAUACUUCAAACAGAACUUAAAAAUAAGCAUUAAACCUCUUGUGCUGUUAACACCGUUAGUGGACACUUGUAAGUCAAUCAGUGUUAAAGUAUCUGUAAAUAGAAGCAAGCUAUUAUUAACAACUUUUUGUGUACUUAUAGCAUUCACCUAAAAAUGUUGUAGCAUAAUUCUGUGUUGAUGGUUGCUUCUUUCCUUUUUCAAUUUCCCUCCUCUUAUUUCUGUUGUUUCUUUCAGUGAGGUGUUUCUGCGUUAGUAGUCUGUCGUGGCACACAUUGUUCUAAGGAUUGUAAACAUUUGUGUUUUAAAAAGGUUCUGAAAUUUCACUUCUUAUAUGAUAACUUAUGAUAUUAGAACUCUAUAAAAAUAUAAAGAUGAGAGAAAAAAAUAAAAACUUCAAACAAUCGCAGCACUCAAUACUCCUGUAAACGCUUGGAAAUUCAGAAUCUCCAUUUGAUAUCCUCAUUUUCAAAGUAGGCAAAAAGCAAAAUCACUUAAUUAGUACCAUUAAGUGAGAAAGUGAUGAGAAAGUGUUAUCCAUCAAAUGUGAUAUAAUAUUCUGUACUUGCUACUCUUGCAAAACUAAUGUAUUCAAAUUAGCAUAUACUGAAGAAAAAAAUCACUACUCGAAAAUAGUUUCAAUUGGGCAAAUGUGUGUCUCCAACUUUGUUGAAAUGACAGAGUUUGUGUUGAUCCUCAUAUACAAUACUGUUGUUGUAACACAAGUGUUAUUAGACCAUAGCCACAAAAUAUUUAAUGUGUUGUGCCUUCAUGAUGUAACAGAACAUUCUCCAGGUAGGGUAGUUGGGGAAAAUAAAGGGAUAAAUCUCUAAUUAUUGCUGUUUAACUGUUUGUUAUCAUAGUUGGUCAAUGCCUGGCAGGUACCAGCAUUUGUCACUUAGCUCAAACCAAGGGAGUGACAGUUAAUGUUAAUAAGAUCUCAGUUGCACGUGCAAAACAAAUCCAAAUUUGAACAUUCUUAGGAGGUUUUUGUUAAGGCAUGACAGAUGAUUUAAACAAAUAAAUAGCAUGCAACAAAAUGUCUUUAUUGAAAGAAGUGAAAGUUAUAUUAAUGCCACGGUUCACCAUCAACUUAAAAGUUAAAAAAAAAAGAAAAAAGUUAAAAAAAUUGCUAAUCUGAUAGUUAAUUUGUUCUUACCAAAAAUAAAGUUACUUUGUAAAUAGCAGUUCACGUUUUUCCACAGUAUAAUGGAAAAUAAUGGGUAGGGGUGCAUUGCUUACUGAAGUACAUUUUUGUCGGUUUGUGAGGGGUGUUUGAUGACUUUGACAAAAUAAAUAUCUAA